CAACAGAAGUAACCGCAAAAUCAAAAUUACCAAAAUGGGUAGGAAACCUCAUUUUAUUUAAACCGCGUAAACAGUAGAUUUUAAAUCUGUUCCUAAAACCUUGCAAGAAACGAUUAAGGAACUGAUGAAGUACUACAAUAACAAAACCCAGCUUCAAAAAUAAAACCAAGUCACUUCAUCUUCAACAAAUCAAGCCAACCCAUUUCCAAUGGAUUCGGGCAUGGAAGACGAUAGAGAAUCCCAAUACUACUAUGCACAGGGCGGAAAGAUAAUGCUAUCCACCGUCAUCAUUCUCUUCAUCAUCACCGUCACACUCCUCUCUCUUCACCUCCUUAUCCGAUGGUACCUUCUCCGUAAUCGCGACCGUCAACACAACCUUAGCCGGACACGCCACAUUCGACGUCGGUCGUUUGUUUUCUACUUCGAGCACGACAUUCCUUCCUCACUUAGGCUUGAUGUCUCUCGCGGCCUCGAUCCCUCUGUCAUCUCGUCUCUCCCGGUGUUUAAGUAUUCUUCUGAGGAACCGCCGGUGGAUUGCGCUGUUUGCUUGUCGGAGUUCGAGGAAGGAGAAACGGGUCGGGUUUUGCCGAAGUGUAAUCAUAGUUUUCAUGUUGAUUGCAUUGAUAUGUGGUUUCAUACUCAUUCUACGUGUCCGCUUUGUAGAAAAUCAGUGGAGCUUCUUCCGGUUCAUCAAACUGAACCGGAACCGGAAGUGACUAUGGAUGUGGGUGAACCGGAACUGGUUUUGGGUUCGAGUUUUGGGGAAGAAUCCGACCGGGUUGUACCGGAGUUUACAUCUUCGUAUUCUCCUGAGAAGCAAUCUUCGUUAGUUGGCGUGACAGUUGAAGUUCCGGGAACGAGCGAGUGUAAGCCGUCGUCUUCGUCUUUUCGGUCGCCGUUGAGUCGUGUGUUGUCGUUCACGAGAGUUCUUAGCAGAGAGAGGAAAUCGAGCGUUUCUGCUACGUCGGACUGUGUAGUGGAGUUAGAUGCAGAACGAGGUGGAAGGGAGGAGACUCACUGAGUUGAUUGUGAUAACGGUGCUAGGAGAUGACUCGAAGUGGCGUGACAUGGCAAUGAUGAGGAUGAUUCUAGUAGGCCUUGUAGGUGACAGAACAAAUAUAUUUUUUCAAUCACAUUUUUUUUAUACAGAAUUUGAUAUAAUUUUAGGAAAAUGUAUUGAUAAAUCAAUGUUGGAAAAUACCUAGGUAUUGCUACUCAGGUAGUAAGUAAUCUUGAUGUCUCUUUUUUUCUUCUAGAAGUUUAUUAAUUAAAAUUUUAUGGUUAAAUAUUGGAAAGUUGAAAGUUCUUUCUAUUAGUAAAUUCAUAUAAGUCAUACAAUUGACGACGUAGGAAUGUCUCUAAG